AUGCAGAAAAUAAUUGAUAGAAAGAUGCCUGAAACUAUUCGGACUUCCAAAAAACGUUUCUCAAUAUCUAAAGAAAUUGCAAAUAGAAAAGUGAGUAUAACAAACUUCUUUUAAGACGAUGGUAAAAAUCGAAUGUUGGGAAGUAAACAUUCAGUUUCAUCUAUAAAAAGUAAAAAAAAAGUGAAUAUUUCUAUGAAUAAGGGUUUAUCAUAAAGCUCAUCAUCUUUUUCAAGUGAUUCAGAAUCAGAAAAAAGAUCAUCAAAUUAAUCUAUAAUAUUGAGAGAUAAUUUAGAAAUUUUGUAAUAAGCAUAGUCUUCUUUUUAUUAAGGGCAAGACAAAUUUAUUAUACCUAAUAUGUCCUUUGAAUAAGAUUUAAUUAAUCAUUUAGAUAUGUCAGAUAGUUAAGAUAGAUCAAUUUUAAAAAUACAAUUUAUUGAUUUUGAACAUAAAUGGGGAAGAAAAUAGGAUAUUAAUAUUUAAAAACAAUGUGAUGGAGAUUAAUAGCUUAUUUCAUAAAAUAGUGAAGUAUUAUCAUAAAAGUCUUUAAAAAAAUCACGUGUAAGCCAAAAAAAUGUAUUUUAAUCAAAAUUGUAAAUUAACUAUACAAAAAAAAAUUAAUAAAAUCUAUCAGAAAGCGAAGAUGACGUUUAUUAAGAAAAUGAAUAAGAAGAAUAUAAAAUAAAAAGGAAAUUUGAGAAGUUAUACGAACGAAAUCCAUUUGAAGAUCCAUAUUAUGUAAAAUUAGUUGAUUUACAUGGAUUUGAAAGACUUAAAUAUGAACUUAAUGUAAUUUAAUAAAAAAUAAUUAGGCUUAUAAUGAUGAUAAAUAAUUUUUAAAAUUAAGAAAACGUAUUGUAUAUUAUUCAUUAUUUAUACCUAUAUUAUGUAAGAAAAUAGUUCAAAGUGUUUUUUUUAAGAUUUGCAUGUCGUUUUUAAUUUUAUUAAAUGUUACUCUAUAUAUAUAUUCAUAAACAAAAUAAGAUCAAUAGUCAACUAUUAAUAUGGAAAGAGCGAUAAUGAUAUGUUUUUUAAUAGAAUUAUGUUUACGAAUAAUAGCAUCAGGAAUGAUAAUACCAAAAGGAGCAUUCUUUAAAAACUUUUAAGAUAUAAUGGAUUGCAUAUUAGUAAUUAUAUAUGUUUUAAAUUUAACAUAUCCAGAAACAUUUGUAGUAGAUGUAUCUCCAUUAAGAGUAAUUACAUUGUUAUUUUAUUUGGGAGAUAUAUUUGCUGGAUUAGGAGUUAUGUUAAAAGCAUUAAAAUAAUCAUUUAAAUUUUUACUGGAAGCUUUAAUGAUAGUAGGACUAUUUUCAGUAUUUUUUGCAAUUUGUGGAGUUUUUUUAUUUUAAGGUUUAUUUAAUUAUAGAUGUUAGUAUAAUAAUGGAGAUGAAACAGAUGGAUGGAUUUAAUGUAAUUAAAAUUUAUGUUUUGAAGAAGGCAUGUCAUGUUUAUAUUCAUAAUAUACUCCUAAGCUUCCAACUUCGUUUAAUAAUGUUAUAUAUUCUUAUGGUUAAGUUUUAAGAACUAUAACAAUGGAUGAUUGGAGUUGGGUUAUGUUUUAUACAAUGAGAAUAUACCAUCCUUGGAUUUGGCUUUAUUAUUUAUUAAUUAUAUUUGUUUGUGGAUUUUUUGGAUUUAAUUUAGUUAUUGCUGUUAUUAAAAUUCAUUAUGCAGAGGCUACAGAAGAAAAUGCUUAAGAAGAGGAACGAAAAAAAAUUGAAUAAAAAAUUAAAGAAAAUAGAGAAAUACCUGAAAGAGAUAUUAUAAAUGUUUUUGAUGUUGCAUUUUUACGUUAUAGAGAUUUCUUUUAAGUUAUUUAAAGAUAUAGAUAAUCUUUAAGGACUAAUUAUCGUAAUAUUAGAUUAGAAGAAAUUAAUCAUGAAAAAGUGUCAAAUAAUAAAACAAGAAUUUUAUCUGCAAAAUAAAAAAAGAAUGAGGAAUAAAUUGAAGAUGUAAAAGAUUAUUGUUAAUUAUUAUUAGUAGAUUAAUUGGAUUAGAAGAAUAUGGAUUUCUAUCUAAAAUUUUACUAUUAAGAAUCUUUUAUUACCAAAAUUUUUAAUUUUGUCAUAAAAAUAAAAAAGAAUUAAUAUCAAAAAAUAUACUGAAGAUGAAAUUGAAAUAUAGAUUUUAGAUUCGCUUAAAUCAUAUUAAUUUUCAUAAUUGCAAUCUUGUGUUAAUUAAUAGAUUCAAUAAGAAUUUAAAAGUGAAGCAGAUGUUCUACCUACUUUGAAGUAUGAGAUUCGCUCAUUAUUAGUUUACCUGAUUGUGAGAAAAAAGAAUUAGAGAAAGAAAUUAUCAAUAUGAGAUACCUAAAAAUUCCUAUCGUAUAUCCAGAUAUAAAAUAAAAAAAAAUUUAGCAAGUGUUCCUGGAUAAAAAAUAAAUUUGUAAAUUUCCUAUUCGAAAAGUGAAAAGAAUAAUUUUCAAUUUUACAGAAAAUAAUUAAAAUGAAACAAACAAUUCAAUAGAAUAAAAAAUCCUUAAUCAAAAAUUGAGUAUGAAAAAGUCUUAUAAAUUAAAAGCUUAUGAAAUAGAUCAACAUGUUCCAUUUUUAAUAAAAAAACAAGAUCAAUAUUAUGUUUACAUAUAAGGAUAUUAUUUAAAUUAUGAAGGGGUUUCAUUAAAGAUAAAUACUAAAAUAUAAAAGAAUAAAAUUAAUUAGACAUCCAAUGAAUUUUAAUAUAGAUUAUUAAGAAGGAAAGAUAUACAACAAAGUUUAAUAUAAAAGAAAACAUGGUCAGGAAAUGAUGUAUUAAAGUUGAAUGAAAAAAGAUUAUUUAAUUUUAGAGAUGUAUUAAAAAGAUUAAAUUUAAUUGAUAUUUAGAUUUGGAAGUUGGGUUUAUAUGGAAAGAUUGAUACAAUAAAGAAAUAUUCAUAUUUACUUGUUACAUCAUAAAUAUGUCAAUUAUUUUUUGAUUGUGUAAUAUUGAUAAAUUUUACUUUUCUCUCUUUGUAAGGAAUUGCUAAUUCAAUAACAAUAUCAAAAGUAGAGGAUAUUUCAACAAUAUUUUUAUGUUCUGAAUUAAUUCUGAGAUUUUUUGCAUUUUCUUGGAAAGAUAUUACAAAUAGUCUUGAUUAUGUGUUAUAAUCAUGUAUAGUGAUUUUGAAUUUUAUUGAACUUACAAUGAGGAGUUCAUUGAUGACAAGUUUAAAUGAAUAAAAUUUACGUUUGAUAAGAGGAACAAAAUGUUUAUUAUUUUAUAGAGUUUUGAAAUAUAAUAAAAUGGCAGUAGCAAUAGGUCAUAUAGCAUAAAGAACAUUUAAAUAAUACAUAUAUUUGACGUUUUUAAUGUUUUUAGUGAUAUUUAUCUAUGCUAUGAUUGGAAUGGAAAUGUAUGCAGGUUUUUUUGAUUAAACAGAUGCUCUUGGAUAAUUACAUUCAUAUGAAAAUAUAUUAAAAGCAUUUAUGACUAUAUUUAAUAUAAUGACUAAUGAUGACUGGUAUGGUGUAUAUGUAAUGGGUGGAAAUAUAAAUUAUGUUUUUGCUGUAAUUUAUUCAUAUUCUAUGGUGAUAGUAUUGAAUUAUAUAACAUAUGGAUUAGUAUUAGCAAUUUUAUUAGAUGGAUUUGGAGCAAUAGAUAAGGAAAUGAUGGAAUAAGACAAUUCUAUUGAAAAAGAUGAUGAUAAAAAUAAUGAAUAAUAAGAAGAUGAAAAUUCAUAAAUAACAGAAGAACAGGAAAUUUAAGAAUUCUAAUUAAAUUUAAAACCAUUAAUUUCAUAAGCUCAUUUGAGUGAUAAUCCAAUAAAGAAAACCAAAUAAACACCAAUCACAAAUUUGAUGAAAUCAAUAAGUAUUGAUAUAUUUAUUAUAUAAAUAGAAUAAGUACACAAAGAAAUUUUAAAUAAAAAUCCAUAAUUAUAUGAAGGUAUAUAAUGUAAGUAAUCCUUAUAUAUAUUCUCGAAAGAAAAUUAUGUAAGAAUACUUUGUUGUAAAGUGGUGACAUCAAAAUAUUUUAAUUAUUUUAUGGAUUUAACUCUGUAUUUUUCAAUAAUAAUUUUUGCAUUGAAAACAUAUAAUGAUUACGAAAAAGAUUCGGAAAACUAUCCAGAAAAAUUGCAAUUUAUGGCAAAUAUGGUUUUUUUAAUUGAGAUAGUAAUAGGUAGUAUAGCAAAAGGAAUGUGGAUAAAUAAAGGAUCAUAUAUAACAUAUAUUUGGUAAAUAAUUGAUGUAAUUUACAUUAUAUCAUUUUUCUUUUAUUAUUUAUAAAAUGAUGAAGAGAAACCAAUAUUAAAGUUUUUAAUGUAUUUUGGUUAUUUUAGAGUGAUGAAACUGAUGUAUAGAUUAUCUUGGUUAGAUAAAUUAAGAUUAGCAUUAGGUAGAUCUUUGGCAGAUAUUUGGAAUGUUUUAAUAACAAUGUUUUCAGUAUGGAUAAUAUUUGGAGUAUAUGGUAUAAUUUUAUAUGAACAGUAAUUUGGAUAUUGUGAAGAUAAAGUAUAAUUCAAUGUGAAUAAGAAAGAAUGUUAAGAACAAAAUUUAACUUGGGUUAAUUAUAAACAUAAUUUUGAUAAUAUAACAAUUGCUAUUCCAACUUUAUUCGUAGUUUCAACUUUUGAUGGAUGGGGUGAGAUUUUAUAAAUUGCAGAAAAUAGUUAAAGUUCAGAAUUCGGACCAAUUGCAUUUAAUAGUUAUAUAUAGACAUAUUUCUUUUUUUUAGUUUUUUGUUUUAUUGGAUCUAUGUUUUUUUUAAGUUUAUUUACAGGUGUUUUAUUUUCAAACUUGAAAGCAAAUUAAAGUAAAAUAGAAAGAUCAGAUGUAACUAAAGCAUAGGUUGAAUUCAUGGAAAUAUCAUAAAUAAUUAUUAAAGAUUUUCCAAUUUAUUCAUCACCUCCUACGUCAGCAAUAAGAAAGUUUGCUUCUAAUUUAAUAAAUAAUUCUACAAUUCAAAAAAUAAUGUUUUGUUUUCUAUUAUUAGAUCUUGUGGUUUAAUUAUUAUUUUACUUUGAGAUGGAUGAAACCUUUUUUAAGAGUUUAAAUAAUAUUCAUAAUACUUUAAUGUAUUUGUAUAUUGUGUGGAAUUUAUUUAACUUUUUAGCUUUAGGAGUGAAUCGUUACUUUGAUAAUAAUUGGAGAAGAUUCUAUUUCUUUUUGAUAAUAAUAGCAAUUAUUGAUAUAAUUGCUGAUUAUUAAUCAGAAUGGGCAUUACUUUAUUUUAAAUCAUCUCCAGCAGAGAAAGGAUAUUAAUUUUUAAGAUUAUUUUUUGCACUUAGAUGUUUAAGAAUAAUCUUGAUAUUUUAGGGAUUAAUUAAUCUCUAAAGAUUAAUGAGAGUAAUGGUAUUUGCAAUGCCUUUCUUAGGUAAAAUAUUUUGUAUUCUUAUAAUAACAAUGUUUAUUUUUGCAUUAUUUGGUUGUUAAAUGUAUGGACAUUUAGAAAAAGGUUAAGUAAUGGAUGAUUAAAUAAACUUUCAAAAUAUAGCCUAAGCCAUGUUAGCACUAUUUAAAUGUGCAUCAGGUGAUGAUUGGAGAACAAUUAUGACAGAUACUAUAUUUUAUAAUCCUUAUUGUUCAGAAGAUGAAUAAUAUUGUGGGAGUAUAUAUAAUCAAAUCUAUUUUUUCUUAUUUAUGUUACUCUCUAAUUAUGUACUCCUAAACUUGUUUGUUUUAGGUUUAGUAGAAUAAUUUGAACAAUUCUUUAUGUUAUAAAAUUCUAUGAUUCAAACCUAUGUUGAAAAUGUUGAUAAAAUUAAAACAAUUUGGUGUAAAUACUCAUCAGAAACUUAAGGAUAAGCUAUGCAUUAUAAAUUUCUUUGUCGUUUUCUUUUAGAUAUUGGAAAACCUUUAGGAGGUGGAAUUGAUGAAAAUCUUUGGGAUGUUGGAAAAUUAGCAUCUUCAUUUUAAAUAUAAUGGUAUAUAAUUUUAUAUUUAAUAUUAUUAGUGAUCAUUAUGGAUACAUUCAAUAUAAUUAAUUAAUGUAUGAAUUAUUUCGUGUUUGUUAUCGUGAAGAAGUCUUUAAAAUUGGUCCCUUGUCUUCUAUUAAGAAAAUUAAAUAAUUCAAUAAAGAAAUGCAAUUAAGAUUAAUGUAUUAUAGAAGAAAUCACUACUUAUAAAGAAGCAAUAUAUCACCUAUAUUACAUCUUAAAGCUAAUUUUAACAUUUUACAUGAUUAUUUGACAGUUCUUAUUCUUUAUAAAGCUUGGGAAGCUUAUUCUAAAAAACUUAUUCAAAAAGUCUGUAUUAAAUAAUAAAAUUUUACUGAUCAAGAUAUAGAUCAACAAGAUUCCUCAGAUGAUCAAAAAGCUACUAAUAAUAAUAACUAGUAUAUUUUGAAUCAUAUUCUUUUAGUUUAGAUUAAGAUUGUAAUGAAUUUCUAGAUGAAGAAAGAGAAUAACAAAUUGUAUCUGAUGAUAAUCCUAAAUAAGAAAUUAAAAAACAUUAUAAUACUAAUGGUUCUGAACUAAUUUAAUCUGAAAAUAUUCCUACUUACAGAUGGGAAAAAGACUCAGAUAUGGAUUAACCUCUUGAAAGUGCUAUUCUAACUCCAGAUUAAUCUUAUAGAAAAAUGAAAUUAUGA